GGAAACAGAUCCACGUAAUGCUGCAGGGGUCUAUCGGGAACAACUCUGGGAGAAAUGUGGUAGGACGUGUGAACUUGGCUGCGUACGAUCGGAUGAAGCGUGGUUGCAGCGGGGAGGUUUUUACGCACCGGGAGAAGACGGAGCGCUGCACCUGGAAACCUGCUGUUUAUUCCAUAGCUGCUGGUUUUCUGCUUCAUAGAUGAAAGCCCCACCGGAGACACCUGUUCCCGGUGGGAUAAGGGGCCCCUCUGUCUACGACCACCAGGGACCAUGUCGGACAACUUCACCGAUCUGAUCAACGAGUCGCUGCCGGCGGCUCAGGUCGCUCACCACAACUUCCCAGCGCUCAUAUUCGGGAUUCCGCUGAUCAUCACCGUAAUUGCUGGAAACGUGUUGGUGUGUCUCAGUGUUUACUUAGAGAAGGCUUUAAAAACUACAACGAACUACUUCAUAGUGAGUCUGGCGUUUGCGGAUUUGCUGCUGGCGGUGCUGGUUCUGCCGCUCUUUGUUUACGCAGAGUUUCAGGGCGGCGUUUGGACCCUGAACAUGAUGAUAUGUGACGGUCUGAUGACCAUGGAUGUGAUGUUGUGUACUGCAUCGAUCUUCAACCUCUGUGCCAUCAGCGUGGACCGGUUUAUUGCAGUGUCCAUACCUCUGAAUUACAACCGUAAACACGUGGACUAUCGUCAGCUCAUCCUGCUCUCUGCCACCUGGCUUCUGGCUUUGGCCGUUGCCUCACCGGUCAUCUUCGGCAUCAACAAUGUGUCGAACCGCAACCCCAGAGAGUGCAAACUAGAGGACAACAACUAUGUAGUCUACUCAUCAGUCUGCUCCUUCUUCAUCCCCUGCCCCAUCAUGGUAUUACUCUACUUCGGAGUUUUCCGAGGCCUGAAACGGUGGGAGGAGGCCAGGAAGGCCAAACUACGCAGCAGCAUCGAGGCGUGCAGGAAGCUGCAGCAGACCAGCGUGGUCAGCGGCACUCUCCCCCCGAUGAUGGGGACCAUCCCUGGGGCUCUGCCCAUGCCCCUGCCUCGGAUCAUUGAGAGGGACCUGGCCCAGUCUCGGAUGGACGACUCGGGAGACUGCAUCCAGCAGGAGAUUCCUUAUCCUCUGCAGUACAGGGAGAACUCUGUACCAACAGUGAGGUUCAACCAGCAACAUAUCAAGAAGAGGGCGAAGAUCAACAGCAGGGAGAGGAAAGCUAUGAGGGUCCUACCUGUUGUUGUAGGCUGCUUCCUGUUCUGCUGGACGCCGUUCUUCGUGGUGCACACGAUGCGAGCUUUGUGUCUGACCUGCAACAUCCCUGACGCCCUGAUGAGCACCGUCACCUGGCUCGGUUACGUCAACAGCGCCCUCAAUCCCAUCAUCUACACCAUCUUCAACACGGAGUUCAAGAAGUUCUUCAAGAAAUGUUUCCGGAGCUGCUGCUGACACCAGAUUACCUCCACAGACUCAUUAAACUGAAGGACCAGAGGAGGUUGGGUUUGAUUUACAGCUUAUAUCUCCUGACUGGGAAGUAUAACGUUUCCAGUUUGCAAGUUGAACUGGAAAUAAGAGGAUGAACAUUUUGUAAGGAGAGUUCUGGUUUCAUUUCAGAUUUUUAUGAAUUUAUGUAAAGUACAAACUGACUUUGUUUGGAUUUGAUUUUACCUGUUCAGAUCUUCUCUUGAAGGAUACUGUCCAUCAGUCUAGCUGGAUCUAUUAGCUACAGGACCUGAUGAGGUCUUUUACAAGGAACACGACGGUCUAGCAGGGUCCAAAAACCAAAAGCCAAACACUCCCUCAUGUCCACAGUCAGACAAACUGGUUUUAUUGGUGUUAGAUUACAGAACAGACCCAACCCCAUAUGUUUCCAUGCUGGGUUUGGAGCUACAGCUGGUUCAGGCUCAGAUUAGUUAUUUCGGAACAGUUCAGCUAUUUCUAAAGACAUAAAAAUCCAGCAUUUUCAUGUUCCGGCUCUGUUUAUUCAUUGAAACUCAGCUUUCGAAAUAAAACUGUGUUUAUUUUCUUACAACGUGCCAUAUUUGUUUCUGACUGGGUUGCAUAAAGGAAUGUAAGGAGGCAGACAGUUACCCCUCCAUUUGGUUUCCAAAUGCUGCCUAAACAAAUAUAGAUUUGUUCUUAUUGGACCAAUACAGCAUCAAUAUCUUUGAUUCUAAUUUAUAGCGCUCAGAAUACACUGCUUUGUUAUAAUUUUUUUACAUUUCUUUUAAGGGGAUUUUAUGUUGUAGACCAACACAAGGUAGUGCAUCAUUUUAAAGUAAAGGGAAUAUUCUGUAUGAUUUUGAAAUCAUUUUACAGAUAAGAAUGCAAGGUGUUGUGUCUAUUAGCAUUCAGCCUCCCCCUGAGUCAGGUCUUUGUAGGACCACCUUUCUCUGCAGGCACAGCUGCAGGUAUUUUGGGUGUGUCUCUAUAAGCUUUGAACAUCUAGAGACUGACAGGUUUUCUCAUUCUUCUUGGUGAAACAGCUCCAGCUCUGUCAGAUUGGAUGGAGAGUGUCUGUGAAUAAUAGGUUUUACGUCUCGCCACAGAUUAUCAGUUUGGUUUAGGUCUGGACUUUGACUAGGCCAUUCUGACAUAUAAAUAUGCUUUGAUCUAAACCAUCCCAUCAUAGCUCUCCCUAUGUUUAGACUGGUUGUCCUGUUGGAAGGUGAACCUCCACCCCAGUCUCAGGUCUUCUGCAGCCUCUAGCAGGUUUUCUUACAGGAUGGUCCUGGAUUUAGCUGCAACCAUCUUGCUGUCAACCCUGACCAACCUUGCUGUCCCUGCUGAACAAGAACAUUGGUACACCAUGAUGCUACCACCAAGAUGUGUCACCAUGGGAUGGUGUGUUCAGGAUCAUGCUGGUUUCUACCAUUCAUUCAUUUUUGGUCUCAUUUGACCAGAACACCUUCUUCUACGUUUUCUGUUUUGUCUACAUGGUGCAUGAAGAACUACAAACAUGACUUCCUAUAGAUUUCUUCUGGCCACGCUUCCACAAAGGCAAAGAUUUGUGCAGUUCAUGACAAAUAGUUGUGCUGUUGAUAGAUCCUUCCACCUGAGCUGUGGAUCUCUGCAGCUUCUCCAGAGUUUGCCCAUGUUGUCAGUUUAGGUGGACGUUCAUGUCUUGGUAGGUCUACAGUUGGUCCAUCCUCUC